AUGGCCUUUCGGUUUAGCAGGUCUUUCGAUCGACUGCUGGGAAGUCAACGGGAAGGUCUGUUUGGCGCGCCCGAACCGAGUGGCGAUGGGUCCCGGAAGUUGUCCCUAUUCUUCGCCACACUUUGCGUGGUCGAUCUUUUCGGUGUGUUUCCGAUCGUGACGCUGCCGAAAUCGAUCAUCUCCUGCGGGCUGUACGGAUUCCCGUUGGUUCUGUUUGUCAUCACGCUGCAAAUCUAUACCGCCGUCGUGCUGGGCCGCUGUUGGACCAUCGCCGAGAAGCUGGACCCAUCGAUAGUGGCCAAGAAUCGGUACCCGUACGCAGCCAUCGCCGAGUUUACGUAUGGUCGACGAAUGAGUGUUUUCGUGACGGUGCUGCUUGAUCUGACCGUGUUUGGAGGUGGCAUUCCGAAUCUUCUUGUGGCGGCCCAGAACCUACAGCUGCUCGGAUCGCGCAUCAGUGGUAGCACCUUCGAGGUAUCGUUUUGCUACUGGCUAAUUAUCAUCGGACUGUUCCUCUGUCCCAUUAUGUGGCUUGGAAGUCCGAAAAAUAUGCGCACACUAGCGAGCAUUUCGGUGGUCGUUUGCAGCAGUGUGGCUAUAUUGACGUGGAUAUCGAUCGCGGAAGAUCGUUCCCAAGAUGCUACCGGAUUUGUGCCGUUCAGUGGAAUCACACUCGGAUUACCACCGUUAGUACAGCUGCUCAAAGCGUACGGCAUAAUUGCGUUUCAGUUCGACAUCCACCCGAUGCUCUUGACGAUCCAGGUCGAUAUGCAGCAUAAAAGGCAUAUCGGUAAGGCGGUACUGUAUGGCAUCGUAACCACGUGCACGCUUUCUGCCGUAACUACCCUGCUGACGGCGUACCGCUACGGGAUGGAUGCCACCAAUAAUGUACUGCAGAUCUUACCCCGGAGUUGGUCCUUGUACCUUACGAUCCUGCUGGUAACGUUACAACUCUGCCUAUCCAGCGCCGUUGGGAGUUCUGCUCUCUUUCAACAUAUCGAAGAUGUGCUCGGUGCCUCUAGAGAUUUUACCAUUAAACGAUGCAUCAUACGAUCGACACUGGUGUGGCUUGCCGUUUUGAUUGCCGAAAUAUUACCCCGGUUCGAUUUGGUAAUGGGCAUCAUCGGUGGUACCCUGACCGGGCCGUUGAUCUUCAUACUACCACCCCUUUUCUAUCAGCGUAUGUUGGAGUUGGAAAAAAUUUACAGCCAAGAGCUGAAACGCUCCUACUCUACCGGGUCGUCAGAGUUUUCGGAAGCGCGCCUCGACGAUACGGAUAACGAAUCCGAGCUAUCCGUUCGGCACGCCUGGUACGGUACUAUCGGGUCGAUGGGAUCGCAGUCAUUCGCGAGGCUGCGAACAUCCAUUGAUCUGUGGUUGGAAACGGCUGGUUCGCGCCUGCGACAGGUUGGGCAGUUUAUGUACAGCGAUUGCAUCCUCGCCGGGUCGGUGAUUGUGUUCGGCAUCGCAGCAACUCUGGCCUCGACGUACUACAACGUAUUCGAUGUCCGGGAGUCUCAGCUCUGGUUUUCGUGCCUUAGUGGAUGGCGCCGAUGA